AUGGUUGACAAGACCACCGAAAUCUCUGUCAAAAAGCAACUGGGUCUUGUUGUGAGGGUGCUGCAUUUGGGUAGAGUGUCUGCUGGGGAUGCUGCAACUCUGUAUGACAGCAUCCUGCGAGUCAUCAAAGAUGACAACAUGCUGCCAACCGACAAGCUAGCCUCCUUUGCAAGUGAUGGUGCUGCAGGAGAAAAGCUGGAGUUGGGAAGAGACUCCUUCCCUGGCCUGAUAACCGUACACUGCGUGGCACAUCGUCUCAAUCUGGCAGUGUCAGACUGCAUUAAGAGGCAGAGGGUAGUUCAUUACCUCACUAAAUAUGCCAGGCCUGUUGGAACUAUAUUCUGGUUCUACCAGGCCUCCAGUAAUAGGACCAGCAGUCUCAAGGACUUGGAGAGGCAUUUUGAACUCUCCCAAAUCAAACUACCAAAUCCCUGGAGGAGGUGCUUCUGUGGCUUGUAUCUGCAGAAUCUGCUGAGCUAUAUCUCACCCUUAGCCUUGCAGCUGCUAUCGCCCUCACAGCCCCUGUCCAGACUGCAGAUGUGGAGAGGCUCUUCUCUGCACUCCAAAUUGUGAAGACACCUCUGCGCAACAGACUGAAGGAGAGGCACUUGGAUGUCUGUUGUAAGGUGGCCAUUGAUGGACCAGACCAGGAAGCCUUGGACUACAAGGAGUGCAUGAGGAGAUUCUACAGAAUGAAAAAGAGGAGACUAAUAUGUUCUCUAUCUGGUUGCGAGAUGUGUGGAUAAAGUGUACUUUCAAUUUAAAGUUGGCACCUGAUUUCAAUUUCAAUUUAAAGUUGGCACCUGAUUUGUGUUUAAACAAAUGAACGCUUUAACAUGAUAAUAGUCAUAUUGUUAUUGGAACUCUUUAACUUAAAAUAUGUUGCCUACAAAAAAAAGUGAGUCAGUUGAAUUUAAAUACAUGCAUGACAUGGUGCAUGGUCAGCAUUGCACCACC